CGUCACUAUAAUUCGCCGAACCCCCCCCAAAAUAUGGAGUAGAAUCAUUUAUCUUAUCAUUUAUUUCCCCCGACCGAAAAUUCCCAGAUUUGUUUUUUCGGUUUUUCUCUUUUUCCCACAUAGACUCUGCGCUAUAUAAGCUCCCGAAAGCUAAAAGGACCCCCCCAACGAACAAGGUCUUUGCGACAAACGUAUAAGGACUCAAAAUGUCGACACCGCCGGCGGCUGCGACAAGCCCGAAGAGUGAAAAGAGCCCUGCCAAGAAUACUGGCAAAAGUCCCUCAAAGAGCCCCUCAAAAAGCCCCCCUCAACAUGCGCAGGUGAAUGUUGGGGAUACCGGCAUUCUGGAACCUACGCAUUGGCAGCAGCUUGCCGAGGAGGAGAACGCAGACGACGAUGCUCAUUCGCUGAGCGAAGAAAGUCUGGCGUCCUCAACAGAUUCAGUGAGCUCUAGUAUUUUUGAAUACCGCAAGCUUCAUGGGAGGACGUAUCAUCGGGAAAUUGGCAGUUCACAGUACUGGGCUGCAAACGAUGAAAGACAAAGUGAACUGCUCGACAUCAACCACCAUUGUUUGACGCUGGGCAUUGGAGGAAAGACGCACCUCGCGCCUCUUGACACUGAGAAAAUGACAAAAGCGCUUGAUAUUGGAACAGGUACCGGUAUCUGGGCUUUAGAUUUUGCCGACGAGUAUCCCAACGUUGAGGUUAUCGGCACCGACGUAUCGCCAAUCCAACCCUCUUGGGUGCCACCGAACCUGCAAUUUGAAAUCGAAGACUGUACUCAAGAGUGGACAUUUGCGCCCGACUCAGCUGACUACAUCCACAUCCGCUGGCUCAUCGGCAGUAUCCCCGAUUGGUACAAGUUCUUCCGCGAGGCCUACAAGACCUGCAAGCCUGGCGGUUGGGUCGAGAGUUUUGAACCUUCGGGUAUCAUCACCAGCGACGAUGACACCGUGAAGGAGAGUUCUGCACUGGGCCAGUGGGGUAAGCUGUUCAUCGAGGGAGCCAAGAAGCUAGGUGUGAGCUUUAGCGUGUAUGAAGAAGAGCUGCAGCGUAAAGCCAUGGAAGCUGCUGGCUUUGUUGAUAUCCAGCAAUUUGAGUACAAGACUCCAAUUGGUGGCUGGCCCAAAGACCCAGCGCUGAAAGAGCUCGGUCAGUUCGGCAAGCUUGCUUUCCUUGCUGAUCCUGAAGGUUUUGUGCUUUUUGUAGCUAACACGAUCGGUUGGACGGAGUCGGAAAUUCAUGUUUUCCUGGCGCAUGCUCGGAGGGAGAUCCACUCGGGUAAACACCAUCCUUACUACAAGCAGCGAGUUGUUUGGGGCCGUAAGCCGGAAGAGUAAUCAGAUAUUGUGUGUCUAGGUGCUCGGGUUUCUUACAUAAGUGCAUUUUCUGGCGGUGUUGAGUGGUCCUGUCAGCGGCGAAGAUGGUGUCGCACUACUAAACUGAAAGGGGUCUGGUUCAGUUGCAAGUAUUUUCAUUUAAUACACGAAUUACAAUCUAAGAUUUUCUCUGUUCAGC